AUGAAGCGCUGCGGGGGCCCGGCGCUCUGGGGCCACCUGCCCUGCCCGCGCUCGGAGCUGCGGCUGGAGCUGGUGCUGCGCUGCGGCCAGGCCUUCCGCUGGAGGGAGCGCAGCCCCGGGCACUGGACCGGGGUCCUGGCGGGCCGGGUGUGGACGCUCAGGCAGACCGAGGAGCAGCUCUGCUACACGGUUCACGACGAGGAGGAGGAGGAGGAGGAAGGCAGCCGCACAAAGGCCACGGGGCAGGAGCUGCAGCCCAGGGGAAGAGACGCAGCGGGGAGCCUGCAACCUGAGGCCCCCGCCAUGGAGGCUUUGGGCGGCAGGGGCAGCUGUGAAGCCCAGCAGAUCCUCCAUGACUACUUCCAGCUGGACGUAGGCCUGGCCGGGCUGUACCAGGCCUGGGGUGCUGUGGACCCGCACUUCCGGAAAGUGGCUGCCAGUUUCCCAGGCGUCCGCGUGCUGCGCCAGGACCCCAUCGAGUGUCUCUUCUCCUUCCUCUGCACCUCCAACAACCACCUGGCGCGCAUCACGGGCAUGAUUGAGCGCCUCUGCCAGGCCUUUGGGCGCCGCCUCUGCCAGCUGGAUGGGGAGCCGUACCAUGCCUUCCCCUCGCUGCAGGCCCUAGCUGGGGCUGAUGCUGAGCAACGGCUCCGGGCUCUGGGCUUUGGGUACCGGGCAAAGUUUGUGAGCCAGAGCGCCCAGGCCGUGCUGAGGCAGUUUGGGGCCGAGGGGUUGCACCAGCUGCGCAGCACCCCGUACCCGGAGGCCAGGAGGCUGCUGUGCGCCCUGCCCGGCGUGGGGGCCAAGGUGGCAGACUGCGUGUGCCUGAUGGCACUGGACAAGGCAGAGGCCGUGCCCGUGGACACCCAUGUGUGGCAGAUCGCCCGGCGGGACUACAGCCUGGAGCCGGGCUCAGGUGCCCGGAGCGUGACGAUGCGUGUGCACAGGGAGCUCGGAGACUUUUUCCGGCAGUUCUGGGGGCCCUACGCAGGCUGGGCGCAGGCGGUUCUCUUCUGUGCUGAUUUAAAGACGUUCCGGCAGAACCCCAGCACAAGCGUCGGCAUGAAGGGGGGCCCAGCCCCAACAGUGGCUUCUCUGGCCCAUUGCAGACCCACCGCUGCCCUGGAAGCAGGGGGGCAGGACUCGGCUUCGCCUGGGGCCACAGGGACUCUGUGCACAGAAGCAGCUCCAGCCCCUUGUGCCCAGACUGGCAAAUGCCACCGUGGGGCCAGCCGGAAACGGCCCCGUGGGGAAAAGUGCUGCACCCGCCCCGGCCCCUCCCCACAGGGGGCUGGGCACUGA